AUGGUAGGUAAACAGGCAGAAGUGGCCAUCGAAGGCGUGAGUAACCUUCUUCAUUGCCCUCCAAAGUGCAACCACUAUUCCGUGAACGGGACUGAUGGAAAUCAUUUGGUCUCACUAACGAAGCUUCGGCGGGCUUUGCAAACGCUCUUCCCAGCCUCAGCGACAUCGACCAAGACUUCUGCUCUUCUGUCUUUCAGAGCUUAAUCUAUCGCUUCUCUGCAUAGCCUCGCAAAUUCGGACUUAGCUGGUUUUUGACUGCAGCUUGCGCGAUUCAACGUUGGCAUACCAGCUGGGGAAUCUUCAAGAAGAAACCCUUCUCCGCAUCUUGAAACACUCUGUUUUUCUAUCACUAUGGUGAAAUCGUUCGACGUCGUACUCUUCGUUAAUGUCGCCACUAAUGGAAUCAUUCCUCAAAAUCGAAGUGAAGUGUUCUCAUUUGACAACAGUCUUGUAGCUCCGUUUCCUGACCUUCGCGACUCUCUCUCCCUCGACGCAGUGAAAAUCGGAAUUUAG